GACAUUGCUACAGCAAGGGAUUUCUUUGAUAAUCUCUCCUCUGACACACAAAGUCAACCAUCUAAUGGCAGUACUGACAUAACUUCAGGUGUAAAGGAAUCAGAACAGGUCAGAACAGUACAUCAUUUGUUUCCAGCAUACAGUUAUGAACAUUUAGACAUUUCAGAUGAAUUACAAAGCAGUGUUCCAUUGAGCAUUGAAGAUUCAAAUUCUAGCCAAAGUGUAAUUUUUCUAAAUUCUGACACUACUACUUUCCAAGAAUCAAUACAAGUCAGUGACAAUAAAAUGGACCAAAGUGCCAUUGAUAAUCAGAUCAGAUCAGACAUGGAAACAAACAAUCAGCAUGAAACACAAAACACUAGUGUUCUUUUAUCAACACCAGAACAUUCAGUAAAUGCUAGAUCUAGUAUUGAAAGUCUUCGUCAGUUGUCACAACAGAUGAAUGGUCUUAUUGGAGAAUCCACUGAAGGCAUUACAGUACAUAUCGAAGACAGUGAACUUGAACGUAGAAAUCAAGAAUUGGCAGCCAUGCUAGCAACUGAACUGCAGAAGCGUGAACAGCUUGAAUUACAGUUGAAGGGAAAUCAGUCAGAGAUGUGCCAGUUGCAGUUGGCACUGGAUCAGCUGCAGACCGAGUCAGAGGCCAGGGUGACACGAGAACUUGGACCAGUGCAGGAACAGCUCCAACUACAUGUGCAGACAGUUGGAAUACUUGUAGGGGAAAAGACUGAACUCCAGGCAGCACUCACAAAGAGUCAGAAUGUGGCAAAGCAGAAAGCCAGUGAAGCUGAAGAACUACAAGGUCGCCUGAAAGCCUCUAGACACAGAGUUAUGGACUUGGAGAAGGAAGUUUCUUCAUUGCAAGGAACAGUUGAAAGGUUAGAGAAAGUUGCUAAUGAGCUUUCGUCUGAGCUUGAUAAACUGAAACUUGAACAAAAGAUGACCAGUAAGCAGCUUGUGGAGUCAGACGAAGAAAAAUUAGAAUUGCAUCAGAAGCUGAAUACAAAAACAAAUGAUUGUGCGGCAUUACAGCAAGAACUGCAAGGAAAAGUUUCUCAGCUUUCAUUAACACAGCUUCGAGUACAGCAGCUAAGUACAGUGGACACUUCAGAAACAGAUAGACAGCUGGAGGCAUUGCACCAACAGAAGGUCUCUCUUGAGAAGCAGGUUGCUGACCUGCAGCAGACAGUGAAGUCUGUUGGUUUAGAACGUGAUCAAGCCAGUCAACAGUAUCAACAGUAUGUACAGCAAUUGAAUGGCCAGUUGCGGACAUUAGCAUCAAAGGUUGAAUCCUUAAACUCUGAAAAUGAACAGUUGGUAACAAGGGAGCAGAGUUUGGUGCGACAUAUAUCAGAAGUAGAGAAACAACUGCAGCAACAGCAAAACCAAAAACGACCAGACUCUUCUCUGAAACUGUUACAGCAGGACUCACCACUGCUGCAGGAGCUUGAAGCAAAACUUGCACUUACUGAGACAAAGGAACAGGCUCUAGCAGAGAAGCUGGAUUCUCAAAUACAAGAAAAUCAGUGCUUACAGAGGGAAGUGGAAGAGAAGAAUGGCAGAAUAUAUGAAAUGGAAUCAAUGUUAGAAAGGUUUCAAGGAGACCAACCAGAUAAAGAUAAGCUUUUGGCAGCCAUGGAGAGUGACAAAGUGGCAGCAGCUCGUGCUGUAGGGCAGAAUCAGCGGCUGAAACAACAACUUGAAGAACUGCAAGAUGGCUUUGUUAAAAUGAGCAAUGACAAACUAGAGCUGACUGAGAAAUUGCAGCAUGAACAAUAUAUUUCUAAGGAACAAGGAGAAAGACUGACCCAGCAAGAAAUGGAACUGAAUGACUUGAGAACUCAGUUGUCACAGAAAGAACAAGUACUUCAACAGCAUGCUUCACAACUCUCGAAUCAGAUGUUACAUCAUAGCCAAAUUGCAGAUCGUAUGAGACACUAUGAAGAGCAAGGACAGCUGAAUGAACUCUUGCAACAAGAUUUGGAGCAGGCCAGGGAACAUAUUCAGGCAUUAAGCGCACAGAACGGUGAACUUCGGGCCCUCUUAGCACAGCAGGUUACUCAUGAUGCAGGCAUCAACAGUGGAGAUGACACAAUCAGUCGCAAGGAUGAAAUGUUGUCAACAUUGUCUGCUAGAGUUGAACAGCUGGAGCUAGAGCGUGACCAAAUGUUGGAAAAGUUGAAACAUCAAGAGCAGCAUGAAGAGGAACAAAAUUCAUUAGCUUCUGACAUUGUCAAUGCAAGGUUAAGUAGAGAUGGAAUCCCAAAAGAUUCUGACUCGAUGAAGGUAGCCAUGGAGAAACUGGAGGAAAGAUUUACAAGAACAAUGAAAGAAGUUGCUGAACUUUCUGAUGAAAAACAGAGGCUGGAGCAUCUUGUGUUACAGUUACAAGGAGAAACAGAAACUAUUGGGGAGUACAUUGCCUUAUAUCAAGUGCAGAGGAGUAUCUUGAGGCAGAGAGCUCAAGAAAAAGAUGAGCAAUUAUCAAAACUUUCCAAAGAUAGGGAGGAAAUGCGGAAUAAGCUGAGUGAACUGAAUGAGUUAGUACACAAACUGGUGGCAGAGAAGGAAUCCAUUCAUAAGAUGAGUCACAGUAUACCUGUGGAACAUGUAGUUGAAAAAACAUCAAUUAAUCAUAAACAACCAGAAGGAGGAGGUGUACCCAAUGGUGAAAUUGUGGAAGUUGAGGAUGCAGUAGAGGUAAACAAGACACAGCAGAUUCCACCAUCAGGAAACCAUCAUCCACCAUCAGUGCAACCAGACACAGCAGGCAAGAUCAUGGCUCUGCUGUCUGAGAUUGGGAGCAGCAGUCUUGUGGAUCCUCAAUGUAGUGAAAACUUUCAUCCCUGCCCAUGGUGCUCAGGAAGACUUAUUACAGUAUAAAGUAGGUUUGUACAAAUGUUGCCUUAUUUGUAUUUGUUUCACUAUCAGAAGUGGAAGUGAUGAACUAUAUCUCUUUUGCACUUGAAAAUGAAGCCGAUGCAUAAGAGACUGUCUAGACGUUUUAAAGACAGUAUGGUUUAUUUGGUUAUUUGUAAACCUACAAUAGGUACAAGCUGUUACUCUGUAGAGGAAGCUGUUGUACCUAGGAACAUAAUUUGUGUUGUUAUUGGUUCAUCCCAAAUAAUCUGUACUCUUUAAUAUAUUAGUGAUCUUUCAAAUUGGCACAACCUUACAGUGUAUGCUUUUGAAGUAUGUAGUGUGUUAAAAUACUAACAUACUCAUACAUAAUUGAACUCUGUGAUUAAUCCUGUUGACGACAUUUCCCAUGUUAUUAUUGUAAUGGUGAAUAGUUCUACUUUGUACUGAUCAAUGAUUUAUUUUGAGCCAGGUUUGGAUUGCUGAUGUUAAGUAUGUUAGCUGGGCUAACAUGGAUAACUUGAACACUCCACGCCUGUUUUGAGCUCUUACAAUUCAAGGUGUAAAGUGAUUAUGAGGUAUUGGUAAUGUACAGAUAUUGAUGGUGCUUGAAAUUGUACAUUAGAAUGCAUGGAUAUACAUUUUUAAUUAAUAAAACUAUGUUGACAAUAAAAAAACCUUUGGAUCUGAA